CAUACAAUCCAGGCCACGGAAGAAGAGAAAGAACAAGAGAGUCAGCUUGCGUAAAGCGUAAAGAGGAGAUUUUCCUCUCUUUUUUUAUUUAUUUUUUUUUUUUCAGCAAGUCCUGAUCUGCCUCGAGCCCAAAGUGACUAGAGGGUAAGAGAGGCAACAAACGAUCAGGUUACAUAUUAUUUAAGUAAUCAAAAAUACAUAAUAGUAAUUAAGGGUGUAUUUGUUGAAGAAAAAAAACAUUUAUCAAUUUAAGACUGACUUAUACGGCUGCUGAACGCACAAUGUCCACUGCUGAUGAAGUUUUUGAGAGUUGGGAGGAAAUGGAGGCAUCUGGAGCACUCGACAAAAAGCUCAAUGCCUUACAAUUGAAUUCUUUAGAAGGUUUAGAAGACCGACAAUCCAGAGUUGCUGGAGUGAAUACAAACGGUAGAAUGAUAAUUUUAGGUGAUGAUGGGGUGAGAUCACAGUAUGUAUCUCCUAAACCGACUGUCAAAAUAUUAAAACGACCCAAAAGUGAUUUGAGAGGUGCUAGCGAUGGUCCAAUGUCAAAUGGUGAUAAACCAAAGCAACCCAUUAAAUCAUUAAAACAGAGAGAGCAAGAGUAUGCGGAAGCACGAAAAAGAAUCCUUGGUGAAGAAAGAAGUCCCGAAGAAAAAUUAACCCAUGAAGUUAACAAAAUUCAAUCUAAAUUAAUAAGUCCAAGUUCUUCCGUCAAUCAAAAUCAUAACCCAAGCCACAACCAGGUGAUUAGAAUGCCCAUUGGUCCUGACGGGACCCGUGGAUUCAAUUCAAGGAGGUAGCAAGGCUGGGAAAUUUAAACAGCUGUACAUAUACGACUAGAUAUUUGUAAGCUUAUAUAUAUUCAAGACUAUAUCUAUGUAUAUUUAUCUAUAGAUGUAUACAUAUAUAUAAUCUUUAUCAGCAAACAACAACAAAAAUAUGUAUGAUUCUUAUUAACAGCAACAGUUUCGAUAUUUAAUUAAAUUAUACUAUUUUUUUAACUGUGGUUCGGGGAGAGGCGAUCAUGAAGGUUGUCCAGCAGUGAACAGCAGCUAAUCUCUCGUGCUCCCGACCGACUAUUUAAUCGAGAAAGCUAAUUCAUUCAAUUCAAUGGAAUUUGUUUAAGAUACUAAUUGAAUAUAAACGAAAAAAAAAUGAUCUAGACUUUCUCUUGGUAACUUUUUUUUAUAAAUCGCGACUAGCUGAGAGAAAACUAAACAAUUCUCUAGAGUUGUAUUCUAGAGAAGAAUUAAUUUUUAUAAUUUUAAUUAAAUGCAUAAAAUUCAUAAAUCUGUUCAUUGCAAACGAAACCCAUCAAUUAUAAUUAUUAGUUAAAUUAUUAAGGAUACAUUUUCCUUCACACGCUCUAUCGAUUUUGUUUUUAUUCAAUCAAGCAUUGACAAACAAUAACCACAGAAGUACAUCACUUUAAUUAAUAAUAUAUUGUCAUUAUUUUCAUGUAAAUUAUUUAACAUUUAUUGUUUCUUCACGUAUGUAAAUAUUUCCUUGAAUUAAUAAUAAAAAAUAUUGUUUAAGUAUUA